CAGUGGAAGCAUUAGCAACCAUCAUCAUCGUCACCGAGCGCUGGAGCUAGCUAGCUAGCAGCCUUUUCCAAGGGAGGAUUUAAACAUUCCAGAUACAAACAUGUCGUCAAGGACUCUCCCUUUGCUCUUUAUCAACCUCGGCGGAGAAAUGCUUUAUAUCCUGGACCAGCGGCUACGAGCUCAAAAUAUCCCCGCUGACAAAGCCAAGAAAGUUAUGAAUGACAUCAUCACCACCAUGUUCAACAAAAAGUUUCUGGAGGAGCUCUUCAAGCCGCAGGAGCUUUACUCCAAGAAGGCCCUGCGCACCGUCUUCGACAGGCUGGCUCACGCCUCCAUCAUGCGGCUCAAUCAAGCCAGCAUGGACAAGCUCUACGACUUGAUGACCAUGGCCUUCAAGUACCAGGUACUCCUCUGUCCCCGCCCCAAGGACAUCCUCCUUGUGUCCUUCAACCACAUGGAUGCAAUCAAGGAGUUUGUCAAAGACACUCCUUGCAUUCUGAGUCAGGUGGACGAGACGUACCAGCAGAUCAUUGAGAUGUACACGCCAUUACUUAGCGGUGAAUUCCAGCUGAUUAGACAAACUCUUCUAAUCUUCUUCCAGGAUAUGCACAUAAGAGUGUCUAUUUUCCUCAAGGACAAAGUGCAAAACUCCAACGGUAGAUUUGUACUUCCCACCAGCGGCCCCGUACCCCACGGCACACAAACCCCAGGCUUGAUAAGGAUGUUUAGCUGUACUGGCGAGGAGUCAAGCAGAUUGCAGUUCAACAACGGUGGAAACUACGCCGCUGCUCUCUGCGAAGGAUCCUUUGAGCUUUUCGGAGACAGGGUCACCAAACUAGGCACAAACAUGUACAGCGUGUGCCGUCCGGUGGAAACUCACAUGUCAGGAACGUUGAAGAACUCUGCUCAGCACACAAAGGUCAACACUGCUCCCAACCCGCUGGCCAAAGAGGAGCUCAAUCUCUUAGCCAAGCUCAUGGGAGGCUUGGAAGUCCAAAAACCACCUGGGAAUGUGGACAGUAACUUCCGGGUCAACCUCUUCGCUACCGACGAGGAGGAAGAAGAGGCGUUAAUGUCGAGACCAGAUGAGCUGUCGUAUGGAUUCAUAAACAUCCAAGCUACAAAGGACCAAACGGCCAAUGCGGAGCUGGCCAAGAUCAUGGGCGAGUUCAGCGAGCCUCGGGAGACACGGGACCAACCCCCGAGUGCCAGCAGCAAAGGAGACGACCUCCUGGCCAUGAUGGACGGCCUGUGACCUCUUUGCCCCCCUCCCACACAAGACACACCCCUAAGGGUGGCCCCAAUGGUGAUGCAUUGUUGUUUGCACCAGCACAACAUGUUGCUGCAACCUGUGCAGACCACAAAACCUUCAGGUGCUUUUCACUCCUUACAGGUGUAGGGCUGUAUGGAACAAUGUAUGGCGAGACUAGCAAAUACACUGUCAUACUUUGCUGUUCAGGCACUGGCAGUUUGACAUGCACCAUUUUGCCCAUCUCCUGCAUACCGUAAAUGCGGGCACCGUUUAGUUCGCAGAGAUGUUAGUUGGAAGCUGGCCAUCGGAGAGAGACUGUUAUUUCUGAAAAUUGAUAAUUCGUUUAUAACAACUUCAUUUUUCACUUCAAUAAUGAUUUGGAGUGCAUGACAAUGUCAGGAAAACUGUUUUUUUUUUGUAUAAAAAAGGAUAUUGCACAACUCAGCAGCAACAGAACCAAUGUUGUAUUAGCGGUAAGGAGUAAACCGCUCAGCCAGCAUUAAUGCUGCUGAUGAGUUCAUUGUAAACAACAGUACAGCAGGUCUCACAUGCAUCAUUUUCAGACCAACAAGCUGGGAACCAUUUUGAAGCACAUGCAGAGGUAGAUGAAGCUGCUGGAGGCUGACCACUCGUGGUACUGAAAAUGCAUACCUAAAAACUACAUUAGGAGGUUGCCCACAGCCACAGCUGCCAAUGUUUGUUUGACUCGCCCCCAAUUAGCAACUCCAGUUAUUUCACUUUGUAGACCACACAUCCUGCAACUCCACAAGUCUCUGCCUUUAGUCGGAGCAUUCACUGUGUUCAUGGUAUUCAUUCAAGAAGGACAUGCUGGCCGCACUUUGUUUUAGGUUUUUAGUCCAUCAUUUCAUGUUAAAGACUCAAGUUCAACAGGGAGUAUUGCUGACCUCUUCUGUAUUUUAAAGAAUGCAGUGCAAAGGAAUGGACAAAAGUGCUCUUUACACACAUGGUUUGAAACUCUUCCCUGUAGUAGAAAAGAAGUCCACAUUGUGGUGCCGUCUCAGGAGUGACUCUUAAGAAGUAAAAUGUGAAUCAUGGUGGACUUGCAGCCUAGAAACUCUUAUUUAAUGUGUAAAUAUGUUUAUGACAGUUUAUUUAUCCGAAUGUAUUUUUCUAAAUAUAGAUGCUACUAUGAUGCGGUUUAAUUAUCAGUUGAAAGAUUAAAAGUUCUGAUUUGCAAAACA